AUGGAUAGCCCCAAUUCAAGAAAAUCCACUGGUUUCGGUAUCGUUGGACUUCAGACUGAUGAUACUCUCAUUCUUGCAGAUACCACGUUCGCUGAAUCUGAAGAGAUUGAGCUACGGAAGGCUCAAUUUCUGGCUAAAGACCGCGAAAAGUUAAUUAUUAAAAAGCCCUUGAAGUUCAAUGGCAGCAUGGUCAAGCUAGAACCUGAUAGGAUUACUCUUAUUCAGGAGACUCAGUGUAUCAAACUGUCACUUAUUGACAAGAUAAUCACUCAGGCACCAAGCACCCUAAAAGAUCGAUAUAUUGCAGAACGCGCAAGAGACGUAUCAUUUGCCAAUAACAAGGACCUUUCUUCUCAAAUUGGCUACGUUAUCGUACUAGCUGACAAGGGAAAUGCCAGUAACACUACUGCUGCAAAUGCCAAUAUCGUCCAUUGGAGUUCUAUCAAAUGCAAGCGUGUUACCCGCAGUGUUUUAGCAUCAGAGCUUUACGCUAUAACUUAUGGUUUAGAUAUUGCAUUCGCAAUAAAGUUAACGCUGGAUUAA